GUUCUGGGUGAAGAGAGGAAGAAAAAUCGGCCUCACACACUACAAAAAGUACACAUUUAACAAACUGUUACAUUAAUACCCAGAGAAGUAUAAUACUAGCAGAUUAGUAACAGAAUUCAAAAAUAAGUAAGUUAAGUAUACAUUAACUGUUAGAAAAUGUGCUUAUGCGUUGCAAAAUUUCAAAAACAUUCCUUUUUUAAACUUUACUUGUUUUGCCAUUUAAUAAAAUCUUAAAACACCAAAUAAAUAGAAUAAAGUAACAGAACUGACCAGGUCACCAGAGGCAAUACAGAAGUGUAUACAUAAUAAGCAUGGGUUUACUGUACAGACAUGGACAAAAUUGUUGGUACCAUUCCGUUAAAGAAAAAAAAAACCACUAUGGUCUCUGAAAUAACUUGAAACUGACAAAAGUAAUAAUAAAUAAAAAUGUCAUGUUAUCUAGUCAUCCAGGAAAAAGUUAAAUGGAGUAAAAGAAAUGGGGACCACUUCAGCACAGUUGUAAUUCAAGAGAGAAUUGGUGUUGUAGAAAGACCCAGGGCAAGGAAAACUAUACAUACGCGGCAGGGUGGACCAAUUAUUCUUCCUCUUUCUACUAUUCAUGUUCAGGUAGAAUCAAAAUUUUGCCUAAUGUACAGUCUCAAAGUCAGCGUCUCCAUAUAAUACAUUUAUUUAAUAUUCACUAUCCACUCUACUGAAACUAUCAUAAUUUUUUAAAAAUCCAGAUUAAAUUUUUCUUAAUCUUUCUAUUUUAUAAAUUCAAUAUUAGAUCAUUAAAACUUGUUUUAGCUUUGGAGUGAUGAAAGACCUGAUAAUGUUCAUCCAGGAGAAUUAUCUUCAACAACCAGAACUAGAAGUAGUGAAUUGUAUUUUACAUGUUUAACCAGUGAAGAUCAAAACAUUCUUGCUUUCAAGUCCACUGUCUUAGUCUUUGUUGUGAUUGCUGGCCUUUUUCUUGUUUUUCACAUUCUGUCUUGUUUCAGCUGGCCUUGGCUUGCUUCCAGAGCAGCUGUGACCACAGCAAGAUUUCCAUCCUUUCCAACAUCCUGGAGAGAAACUAAGAUAAGUUCAUGAGAGACAAGACGAACACUUCAGUGGAAGGACCUGCAUUGGCAUCUCAUUCUGCACACAUGGAGGGGUCUAGUGACAAGCUUUUCUGCUGCAGGUGGGUGUGCCAUAGGGUUCCCCUGGCCCACAGAGAGGAACUGUACCACAUCCUGAGGAUGACAGGGCCUCUGCUGCUCUCUCGAAUCCUGAAUUACUUGCUUCCAUUUGUGGUUACAAUGUUCUGUGGGCGUCUGGGAAAUGAAGAGAUGGCUGGCUAUGGAUUAGCUUCUGCUACCAUUAAUGUUACCACUGCAGCAACAGGAUAUGGUCUCGGACUGGCAUGUGAUACUUUAGUAUCUCAGACAUUUGGUGGUAAGAACCUGCUGAGGGUGGGAGUGAUCCUUCAGCGGAGCAUCAUCAUCCUGUUGAUGUUCUGUCUGCCCUGCUGGGGCCUCCUCAUUAAUGCUCAGGCCAUCCUGUUAUGCCUGGGUCAAGACCCUGAGGUGACCAGAAUAGCCCAGCUGUAUAUUACAGGCUUCCUUCCUGCAGUACCGGCAAUGUUUCUACAUCAUCUUCAGGUGUCUUACCUACAGAACCAGGGUAUAAUACUUCCACAAAUGUACUCUGCUGCCAUGGCAAACAUAGCAAAUGUGGUGACAAAUUACAUCUUUAUUUACUGGCUGGAUCUGGGUGUUAGUGGAUCUGCAGCAGCCAAUACCCUGUCUCAGAUUUACAUCUGUGCUUUUCUGUUUGCUUACAUUUGGUGGAAGAAGCUCCAUGUAACAACAUGGGGAGGCUGGUCUGUAGAAUCACUUCAGGAAUGGGGCUCCUUCAUGAAACUGGCCAUUCCCAGCACAUUAAUGAAGUGCUUUGAGUGGUGGGUUUAUGAGUUUGGUGGUUUCUUUGCAGGAAUGCUGAGUGAAAAUGAGCUAGCAGCCCAACAUGCUGUGAUAAUGGUGGCUUUCAUAACCUACAUGUUUCCUCUUGGUAUUCAAGCUGCAGCAUGUGCCCGAGUGGGUAAUGCCCUUGGUGCAGGAGACACUGCCAGGGCGAUCCUCACCAGCAAGAUAUCCCUCACUCUUGCAGGUAGCAUUGCGAUUAUUGAAGGUCUUGUGCUUGGCUUAACUAAAACAGUGAUUGGCUUCAUCUUCACCUCUGAUGAGAACAUCAUAGGUCUGGUCUCACACUUGAUGAAUGCUUACUGUUUCCUUCAGUUCUUUGAUGGUCUUGUGUGUGUAUGCACCGGCAUCUUCUUGGGCACAGGCAAACAGAAGAUACCAGCUGUGGCCAAUCUCAUUGGAUACUAUGGCAUAGGACUUUCACUAAGCAUUACUUUCAUGUUUGUUGCAAAACUGAGAGUUUUAGGUUUUUGGCUGGGACUGCUCGUUUGUGUCAUUUUGCAGUCUUCCUUCUACAUAAUUGUCAUCUUCAACCUCAACUGGGAGAGAAUGACAGAGGAGGCUGUGAACCGAGCACAGAAAAACACUCACGUGACAUUAUUAAGCACAGAUGCCCUGUCAGAUGCUUCAUGUAAAAACACUGCUAACCAGACAGCAAUUAAUGUGAGUUCAGUGGAUGGCUGUAUGUCGGGGAGUACCGAGGACCAUGAUGGGAACAUGGAGACACAGGAUACACCUGUGGUCCAGCAGCUGAAGGAUAGUCGUCUCUCAACUACCCAGCUGAUCCUCAGGCGAGGUCUCACUAUGUUUGCAGCAGUUGCCCUUCUGGCUGUGGGAGCAAGUGUGCACUUCCUUUUGCCAGAGACCCUGCCUUCAGGGGCCAACUUUACUUUGGAGAGGAUCAAUACUACCUAUAUUCCCGAUCAAAUUCCCUCCACUGUGGUGGUCCCAAAUGCAGAGUCAGGAUAACCAUGAAAGCUGUGUCUCAUCAUCUUUGACAGGAAAUGGUGAAGUGUAAAUCUGCAGCAAAUUUAUCAAAAAUGACGCGAAUAGGUCCAAAUGAAGAUUCAGGUUGACCAUGACAGUCCAUGAUAACCACAAUGUUUCUGUUUAAUGUAUUAAACACAAAGAUUGUCAAAAUCUGUCUACUUUGGCAAACACUGGCGAUUCACUGGAAAAUCUUGUGAAUGAAUGUGUAAUUCAUACUGCUGUAACAUACUGCUGUCCAAACAUCUGCAUCAUGUUGUGCACUUGUGGCUAAGGAGUUACCUCACAUCAUAUCACAGACCUAGCUCAUGUUCAUGUAACCAAGUUAGAGAUCAAUCAACAGGUUCACAAUGAUUCCAGCAGCCAGGAUGAAUAGCAUGAUAGCCAGAGCCAGGCCCCUACGCAGAACCACAUUCUUGUAAGAGAACUCUUCUUUAAUUGUGUCUGUUUGACCCUGUGAGUUUUCUGGAUCAUCUGGUUGGGAACCUGGACAUACAAAUGCAACAUAUGACAGUGUUUUUGCUGAAAUAUAUUAAACAAAGAUUCUAGCUGACGUGUUUUUUUUAUUUGUUAUUCACAUUAAAGUAAUCUUUGAGUAUACUGUU